AUGAAUCAGGAAUCGCGCGAACAGAUCGAGACGGAGCAGAAUUGCGAGCUCGAGCAGGGAGACGAUGGACGCACAGUACUCUAUGGGAAUCUAGCGCGGCAGGGGCCGGUCAAGACGUCGGACCGCCUUCUGGACGACGUGAGGGUGACGGUGUCGCUUUCAGAGGAGGGGCGCGAAGUGUUGCGGGCGCCCAUGCUGGAGUAUGCGCGGCAGCGCGCGAACGCGCGCACCUGGUCCGUGGGGUACCUGCUUGAUCAGGUAGUGCUGCAGACGAGCUUCGAGUACACCUCACGUACAUGCGCGCAGAACCGGGUGCACGUGUUCAUGGGGGUGCUAUGCGACCCCGGGCAGCGGUUUGCGAGCCAAGACGAGCUGGUGAACUACCGUAUCUACCACCUGCGUGUGACAGUGAAGAUCCGGCCGCAGCUGGAACGGGCCCGGCAGCACUACGGCGUUGCGCAGUACCACCUGGUCGACGAAUUGCACCCAUGGGACAAACCCGACUUCUGUUUGUUUGAGGACGGCGACCCUGCUGUGGUCGAUUCUGCGACCUACGUGGCAAGUGGGACCAACAGGCUUGUCCGGAUAGAAGUCCUCCGGCCAGAGUUCGGCCCCGAUGAGUUACAAGAGUUUACCGGCGAGCGUAUCCGCGCGCGAUAUCUCGAGGUAUGCAAGCGGCACCCGGAUCUGGACCCAUCGGAUAUCCCGAGCCAGGCAGAGUGCCUUAAUACGCUGUUCAAGGUUUUCAAAAACCCACUCAGCCGCCAGAAGGCGCAAGAUGAGCUAAAAACGAUAUCUGCCGACAACAAGGUGCUGAAUUCCCAGCUGGAAGCUAAUUGGCUGGUGACGAAGUUUGGCUUUGAACUCUGCGAGAUCGAGGAAGAUGGGCAGAAAAUAUAUGAAUACAAACCACCGGACUUCACAGAACAUGUCGAGAACUGGGAGGUCCGCCGUUUCCGUGAGUCGUAUAUCAGGAAGUCGCUUGAACUUAUCUUUUUGGGCAAGCAGUCUCUGCGCUUAGUGCCUAAGGAUGUCGUGGUUUCGAAUAGCAAGCUACGCUCGUUCCAGCUCUAUCAGACUCACUUUUCGCACAGUUUCUGGUACCACCUGAUGGGUGAAUACGACCAUAACGACUUUAACCAGCAGAUGCAUCCCUAUGAUACCAAUUACCACUUUGUGCAUCUUUCUUCGAAUUACUACUACAGCGAUAGGGACAUCAUAAAGAACUAUGAAGCUCAGAUAGCGUUAGAUCCCGCGAACGCUAGUAUCUACUACGAUGACCUGUCAUUUGUCGCAAAUUCAAAAGGCAGCAAACAGCUGCUGACAUACACCUAUAAACAGAAUGUUGUUGGCCAUGAGGCAUUAAUGAGUGCAUUGCGCUUAUUCCAUUUGGAUCCCAGCUCUACUGAUCCCCGUCAGCUCUCUGACGAAUUUUUACUGGAAAGUUAUAAAGAAGUCUGCAAGGACUCUGGCCCACAGAAGCACGCUGAUCUCCGCAACGCGCUGAGACUCUUGGCGAGAUACAAAGAGAGUGACAAGCUGAAGUUCUAUGUCGAAGUCGAACCCUUUCCCAAUGAAUUACAGGCAUACAAGCUGUUGGAAAUUGACGAAUCAGUCGAUAUUGACAUUAUAGAAACAGCUUACAGCAUUAAAGUUUCAGAUGCGCCUGGGCUAAAGAUGGAUUGUAUUCGAGCUUUAUACACUUUGGCAGUUGCCAAGAGGAGCAUCAUACUUUUCAAUAUCUUGUUUCAGCAAUGUCCCAAGUUUCACCAAUUCUACCAUAUGUCUUACUUGUCCUAUCAAUCUGCCCUGCAGUAUUUACAUGUAAAUGUAAAUGCCACAGAUGAUUUGAUUUUGGAAAUAUUCCAAAGAAAGUGGAGUUAUGAUCCCCUUGUUUCUCCGGAGCAGCUGUUGAAUUUAAAGAUCGCGCUCACCAAGAUUGGUUUCGAAAGAAACUCCAAGCUGAUUAACCACUUUCUGGAAACGGGCUUGGUGGAUAUCAACUACCUACCAGCGGGUAAUUGGCCUACGGGCAUUAACAACAUCGGUAACACAUGCUACUUGAACUCAUUGCUGCAAUACUACUUUACAAUAUCGCCCUUAAGGGAAUACAUCUUGGCGUAUGAUCAUACUGCGUCAAAUUUACUAAACAACGCGGUUUCAUCCUCUGAUAUGGGCAGAAGAAGAAUAGGUGGAAGAGCCAUUUCCCAAGCAGAAGUGGAAAGAUCUGUGCAGUUUGUUUAUCAGCUGCGUUCUCUCUUCCAUGAGAUGGUUCAUUCUAGAGAGAGAUAUGUGACCCCUACCCGAGAACUCGCCUACUUGUCCUUCUCUCCAAGCAGUACCGAGGUGGAGUUUGAGCCAGUGCCUCCUGCGGUUGGUACGGCCUCAAAUGCACUCGUUGCAAAUGAAGUAUACAAUGAAGAUACUGAGGUGAUCGAUAUCUCAAUGGAGGAGUGUGAUGAAGACAGCGCCAUUAAUGAACUUGGUGCUUCUAACAUCUCCGUCAAGUUGGACAGCGAUAUUGGAACGGAUAGCAAUAGCAAUCUUGCUACCGGUGCACAGACAGGCAUACCCCUGGACGGGCACACUGAUCUCAACACUGGAAUAAGAACGUGUAUGCCUAAUGAUACUGCCAUAAAUAUGGCCACCGGUAAUGCCACCGCGCCGAACAAAGGAAUCGUUAACAGUGAAGCUAACUUUGAGCAUCUCAUGACGCCAGCUCCGCACGAAGGAACAGACAAACCUAUCGGAAACGAUCAGUCUGUUGUUCCAAACCUUGGUACUUCCAAGGAUACCUUAAGCGCUUACCCUAAAAGCGGCUACGCUAAAACUGCUGCUUCUGCACUUUCGACAAAUAACUCAGCAGCGAGCCCAGAUGACUUCAGUGUCAGAUACCAAGCGUCCUCCGACACAGCUAAUACCGGCAGUACUCGUCCAAAUCCUUCCAGUACGCCAGAAAGUGGGCUAUCGGAUUCAGCCGCCAACGCUGAAUACACCAGCGCAGGUCCGCUUGAGGAUAGGCAGGCUGUUGAGAAUGAUGACUCAGGUAAAGAUAUCACCAUGGUCGGGAGUCCAGAGGCCGAAGGCCCUGAAACUUCCACCUAUGUUGCGAAAAUUAGUUCCGACCAGCUAGAAAACACAUUGGAGAUUGGCAGACAGCAAGAUGUGACGGAAUGCAUUGGGAACGUCCUCUACCAAAUUGAGAGUGCGUCCGUCCCGCUCAGCUUGGAUGAAGAGGGCGAGCAAUUCGACCUUGUAAAACAGCUCUUUUAUGGUAAACUGAAACAAGAGCUCAUCCCGCUUGAAUUUCCUGACCGCAAGCGGACGAAGAUCGAGCGCUUUAUGUCGCUUCUGGUCAAUAUCGGCGAUCAUCCAAAAGAUAUAUAUGACGCCUUGGACUCCUACUUCAAAGACGACCUACUAACUCUAGAUGAAGACGACGGAAAGGUCCGCCGCAGCGUUGCCGUUGCGGAGUUGCCCAUCAUGCUGCAGAUUCAGAUACAGCGAGUCUACUACGACCGCGAGAAAUUCAUGCCAUUCAAGUCCACCGAGCCGCUGCCCUUCGGCGAAAAGCUCUACAUGGAUCGCUAUCUCGCUACCGAUAACGCUGAGCUGAACGCCAAAAAGCAGCAGGCCAUCGGCCUGCGCGAGGAGCUCGAACGCCUCAGGGAACGCCGCCGGAGGCUGCUUGCCAAAAACGACCACGGCGUCACGCUCAGCGCCGCGCUCGCAGACACCCGCCGCUUCCUCGAUGCCGCAGAACUCACCUCCGGCAGUCGGCAACUCCAGGAGCAAUACCACGCCACGACCUCCCACUUGGACGCCCUCCGUGUCGCCCUCGACGAAGAGCUGGCCGCUCUCGAUGCCCACAUUGCCUCGGUGCAGGACGCCAUCGCCCACCGUUUCGACGCCUUCUCCUCCUAUGGCUACUCCCUGGGCGCCGUGUUCAUCCACAGAGGCGAGGCCAGCUACGGCCACUACUGGGUCUAUAUCAAAGACUGUCAGAAUGGCGGUAUCUGGCGCAAGUACAACGACGAGUCUGUCACCGAGGUCCCGGAGUCCGAGGUUUUCGAUUUUUCAGAAGAGAAUACCGCCACCCCUUACUUCCUGGUCUACGUCAAAGAAGCUCAUGAGCUCGACAUAGAGCCACUAAAGCGUUUACUGGCCUGA